CCUUCUCUCUGUAACACUCGACUUGUUUGUUUUAAUAUUAUUAAAAAAUAUUCGCGUUUCGUGUAAACUAUGAGGACAGACUUUGCUAAAAAGGGCCAAAGAUGGGACGCAAUAACUUCUUCUCAGCCUCAUGACCCUGAUGUGAAGACGCGUAACCUUCGCCUAGAUAUGACACUUUUUGUACUGACGGUAGCUGGGGCGAUACUGCUGUGCGGGCGGUUAGGCAGCUUAAAAGAUUUUGAUGCGAUUUUUCACUCCAGAAUUACAUAUUUUGGAGAUAAUAUUGCAGAUGGUGAUGAAUUUGAUUACAUCGUGGUGGGCGCGGGCGCUGCGGGCAGUGCGGUGGCCGCACGUCUUGCGCUUGCUGGCAAGCAUGUUUUGCUGGUGGAGGCAGGCGGGGAUCCAAAUAUAAUAAGCAAGAUACCAGGAGCGUCUUUGGCAUUGGAGUCUUCCUCUCUUGACUGGUAUUACGAAACAUUGCCUAACAAAAAAUCUUGCCUCGGCUUCAAGGGGCAACGAUGUCGUUUCACCCGUGGACGUUGCCUCGGUGGCUCCACUAGCAUCAACUACAUGAUGUACACCCGCGGGAACAGGAAAGACUAUGAUUUUAAUAUCACUGGAUGGACAUGGAAUGAUAUCGAACCUUAUUUUCUUAAAUACGAAGGUCUCCAAGACUUGAAUCUUCUCCCUGAAUCAUCGGCAGCAUAUCACAAUACUUCUGGAGUGGUUUCGAUUGGCUAUUUCGGAGAUUCUGGUAAUCCGUGGCAUGAAAGAAUUAUAGAAGGUAUGACAACCCUGAACUUGCCAUAUAAUCCCGACGUAAAUGCUAAAUCCCAAAUCGGCGUUUCCAAAAUCUUAGGUUUUACUUCGAGAGGGGAACGAGUAAGUACAGCAAACGCUUAUUUAGAUUUAAAGGGCGUUGAGAGAAAUUUGAGAAUUGCAAAAAACACACAAUGUACGGGAGUAAUUAUUGAUGAAAAUAAUACGGCGCGAGGAGUUAGCGUGUCCAGAAGUGUAAACGAAACUUUACGAUUAUAUGCAAGGCAUGAAGUUGUUCUCAGCGCUGGGUCUAUUGGAAGUGCACAAUUAUUAAUGCUUUCAGGUGUAGGGCCCGAAGAACAUUUAAGGAAAUUCGGAAUACCAGUUAAGGCGGAUUUGUCUGUUGGCAAUGAAAUGUCAGACCACGUCCUACCGAUUGUUAAUAUAAAAGUUGAUCAUGAUUCUAUGUCCGCUUCGAAUCCUUUAUUUCUUGGAUCAAAAGUAAUUGAAGGUCUGCAAUGGUUGAUUGCUAAAAGUGGACCGUUGACGUCAAACAGUCUGACUGAUGUUACUGCCUUUCUUAAUUCAAAAUGUUACAACUAUACUUUAAAACGCUUAGUGAAUGAUAGACCCGAAUGCGAAAUCCCGAAUUUACAGUUUAUUUACGCAUACAUGCAUAAGGGAAUUCUUAAGGUAGCUGAACAUUUAUUAGACAGUUCUUUAUCGUUUACCAGAGAAGUGUUUGAACAGACAUCGUCAGCCAACGAAGAAAGUGGUUUAAUUGUUAUAUCAUCGGUGGUUAUGAGACCCAAGUCACGGGGAUGGAUCCGUCUAGCAAGUUCAGAUCCAUUUGAGGCUCCUGCAAUUACUCCUAAUUAUUUAUCCGAAGAAAAUGAUGUUCAUGAAAUGGUUGAGGCUAUAAAAAUCAUUGAGCAAAUGGUCGAAACGCCGAUAUAUAAGAAAUACAACGCAUCGAUACUCCGAUUAAAAAUCUCUGGCUGUCCCGAUGUAGAUGAAAAUGGGUACUGGGAGUGUUACGUACGACACAUGACACAUUCAGUACACCAUGCGGUGGGUACGGCGGCAAUCGGCCGAGUGGUGGACGAGCGUUUGAGGGUUAAAGGGGUAAAGAAUCUUCGGGUUGGUGAUGCCUCAGUAUUACCCCAUCUACCGCGCGGUAACACGGCUGCCGCUGUCAUAGCGAUAGGAGAACGAUUAUCAGAUUUCUUAUUACAAGAUCAAUUUUUAGAGUUACGAUAAAACAUCGGCUAUCAUCUGUUUUUGGAAAUUAAAAUAGCAUAUGAUAGCACAGAUAUUUCCAAGGUGACAGUAUCAAGAGGAUUUCAAUUUCCGUAAACAGAUAAUUCUUUUGGAAAAGAAUUAAUUCUGUCGAACUCGUUGGAGAGACACGAGGGCGGUUAUUGCGGUUUGUACUAAUAGACUGUGACUAGAAUAGAUAUGAAUAAUCCAAGAGGCUGCAU